AUGAAACUCAUGAUCCAGAGCAAUAUGUACAAGUAUCUCAGCAUCCUGCUUGAUGCUCGAGAACGUUUUGAGGAGGAAGAUUUAUUAGAGAGAAGAAGGCAAGCUUCUGACGAAGAAGCUGCUGAAGCAGUUGAAAUAUCGAGAAACGAGUAUGAACCUUCAGACAAAGAUAUACUGUUUGCUGAAGGGGUGACUCAAGGUAAUGGGCUGGCUUUUAUGGAGUUCUCAUUGGACGAUCGAAGCCCAAUGUUAGAAACUUACACAGAAAAUAUGGAAUCUGGGCCCCCACCUCUCACCAAGUACCAGCUGAUCCGAGUCAACGCCAAGGGCAUGAACGAGGGUUGUAAGUGGGUCGAGAUGUUCGAGGAUGUUCGUGUGGUCGUCUUUUGCGUGGCCCUCAUCGAUUAUGAUCAGGUGUGGGUGUCUUCAGAUGCUUCCCGUGAGCCCCACCUCACGAACCGUAUGAUUCAAAGCAGGGACUUCUUCGAGUCCAUGGUCAAGCACCCGUGCUUUAAGGACACCCCAUUUGUCCUUGUCCUCAACAAGUAUGAUUUGUUUGAGGAAAAAGUCAACUGGGCCCCGCUCGGGAAAUACCAUUGGUUCAGUGACUUCAGCCCGGUCAGGCCCCACCACAACACACAGUCCCUGGCCCAACAGGCCUACUUUUACGUGGCCAUGCGGUUUAAGGACCUUUACGCUUCCUUAACUGGCCGGAAGCUUUUCGUCUGGCAGACACGGGCCCGAGAGAGGCCCACAGUGGACGAGGCCUUCAAAUACAUACGAGAGGUCGUGAGGUGGGACGAGGAGAAGGAGGAUAUGUACUAUGCAGUAGGAGGGGAGGACUCGUUUUACAGCACAACUGACGUGAGCACGUCCCCAUUUGCCCGCCAAGAGUGA